GUCAGGCCCGGCCGGCGAUCGCAGCGGUGGCCGGGCUAUCUCGUCUCGUGGGCUGAGGGCGGGGCGGCUUUCAGCACUGCUGCUGCUCUCUCAACCCCCCUCACCCGACCCCGCUCCCGUGGCCGCCCGCGUCAUGCCAGGCGGUGCUCCACGCUAGUGCUGCCGCCGGGUCUGUUGCCCGCCUGCCUGAAGCCGCGCCCACUGCCCAGAGCCAGAGGGAUGGUGGUAGUCACGGGGCGGGAGCCAGACAGCCGUCGUCCGGACGGUGCCAUGUCCAGCUCCGACGCCGAAGACGACUUUUUGGAGCCGGCCACCCCGACGGCCACGCAGGCGGGGCACGCGCUGCCCCUGCUGCCCCAAGAGUUUCCUGAGGUUGUUCCCCUUAACAUCGGAGGAGCUCACUUCACCACACGCCUGUCCACCCUGCGGCGCUAUGAAGACACCAUGCUGGCGGCCAUGUUCAGCGGGCGUCAUUACAUCCCCACCGACGCUGAGGGCCGGUACUUCAUUGAUCGGGAUGGCACACACUUUGGAGAUGUGCUGAAUUUCCUGCGCUCAGGGGACCUGCCGCCCCGGGAACGUGUGCGGGCUGUGUACAAAGAGGCCCAAUACUACGCCAUCGGGCCCCUCUUGGAGCAGCUGGAGAACAUGCAGCCACUGAAGGGGGAGAAAGUGCGCCAAGCCUUUCUGGGGCUCAUGCCCUAUUACAAAGACCAUUUGGAGCGGAUUGUGGAGAUUGCCCGGCUGCGUGCAGUACAGCGGAAGGCCCGCUUUGCCAAGCUCAAGGUCUGUGUCUUCAAAGAGGAGAUGCCCAUCACCCCCUAUGAGUGUCCACUUCUCAACUCUCUGCGCUUUGAGCGGAGCGAGAGUGACGGGCAGCUGUUUGAGCACCACUGUGAAGUGGAUGUGUCUUUUGGGCCCUGGGAGGCUGUGGCUGAUGUUUAUGACCUGCUGCACUGCCUGGUCACAGACCUCUCAGCCCAGGGCCUCAUCGUGGACCACCAGUGCAUUGGGGUGUGUGACAAACACCUCAUCAACCACUACUACUGCAAGCGCCCCAUCUAUGAGUUCAAGAUCACAUGGUGGAAGAAGAUGAGCCUUAAGUCUGAACGCAGAGGAAUUCAUGUGGAUCAAUCAGAGCUCCUAUGCAAGAAAGGAUGUGGUUACUAUGGCAACCCCGCUUGGCAUGGUUUCUGUUCCAAGUGCUGGAGGGAGGAGUACCACAAAGCCAGGCAGAAGCAGAUUCAGGAGGACUGGGAACUGGCAGAGCGACUGCAGCGGGAAGAGGAGGAGGCCUUUGCCAGUAGUCAGAGCAGCCAAGGGGCUCAGUCCCUCACAUUUUCCAAGUUCGAAGAAAAGAAAACCAAUGAGAAGACCCGCAAGGUCACCACAGUGAAGAAGUUCUUCAGUGCUUCAUCCAGGGUUGGAUCAAAGAAGGCAGAAAUUCAGGAAGCAAAAGCUCCCAGUCCUUCCAUAAACCGGCAAACCAGCAUUGAAACGGAUAGAGUGUCUAAAGAGUUCAUAGAAUUUCUCAAGACCUUCCACAAGACAGGCCAAGAAAUCUAUAAGCAGACCAAGCUGUUUUUGGAAGCAAUGCAUUACAAAAGGGAUUUAAGCAUUGAGGAACAAUCAGAGUGUACUCAGGAUUUUUACCAAAAUGUGGCCGAAAGAAUGCAGACUCGAGGAAAAGUGUCUCCAGAAAGAGUUGAGAAGAUAAUGGAUCAGAUUGAAAAGUACAUCAUGACUCGUCUCUACAAGUACGUGUUCUGUCCAGAAACUACUGAUGAUGAGAAGAAAGACCUCGCUAUUCAAAAGAGGAUCAGAGCCCUUCACUGGGUUACACCUCAGAUGCUUUGUGUCCCUGUUAAUGAAGAAAUUCCUGAAGUGUCUGAUAUGGUGGUGAAAGCAAUUACAGAUAUUAUUGAAAUGGAUUCGAAGCGUGUGCCUAGAGAUAAGCUGGCCUGCAUCACCAAGUGCAGCAAGCACAUCUUCAAUGCCAUCAAGAUCACCAAAAACGAGCCGGCCUCAGCCGAUGACUUCCUACCCACUCUCAUCUACAUUGUGCUGAAGGGUAACCCCCCGCGCCUUCAAUCUAAUAUUCAGUAUAUCACCCGCUUCUGCAACCCAAGCCGAUUGAUGACUGGGGAGGAUGGCUACUAUUUCACCAAUCUGUGCUGCGCUGUGGCUUUCAUUGAGAAAUUAGAUGCCCAGUCUUUGAAUUUAAGUCAGGAAGAUUUUGAUAGAUACAUGUCUGGCCAGACUUCUCCCAGAAAGCAAGAAUCUGAGAAUUGGUCUCCUGAUGCUUGUUUAGGUGUCAAGCAAAUGUAUAAGAACUUGGAUCUCCUGUCUCAGUUGAAUGAACGACAGGAAAGGAUUAUGAAUGAAGCCAAGAAACUUGAAAAAGAUCUAAUAGAUUGGACAGAUGGAAUUGCAAAAAAGGUUCAAGACAUUGUUGAGAAAUGUCCACUUGAAAUUAAGCCCCCAAAUCAGUCUUUAGCAGCUAUUGACUCUGAAAAUGUUGAAAAUGAUAAACUUCCUCCACCAUUGCAACCUCAGGUUUAUGCAGGAUGAUAAAAAUGCACAUGGAUAGUAUUUAUUUGAACCUAAAUUGUAGCUAGCCCUUACUACAGUCCACUGACCGAGUUAUAGAAUAUAACUUAAUUGUUUAUAAAUGUCAGAGAAUUUUUAAAGGUACAGUUUGUAAGGAUUGUUUUUGUUUUGUUUUGUUUUGUUUUUCCUGGCAGGGGAAGCUUAGUAAAUAAUAAAGUACUAUUUAUUUGAGUUACUGAAAUAGAUUCAUUUAAGGCUUGUGUGAAGAUUCUGUCUAAACCUGUUUUUUCCACGGUUUCCCUCUGUGCUUCCUCGUGGUGGUCAGUGUGGGGUAGACUGGGGUAAAUAAUUGACUCUUUAAGGGUAAAACAAAUGAAUGCUACAAAAAUGUAUGUUUAAGGGAAUUCAAUGGUACCACUACUCUGUAAGUUGAAAUAAUUUUAUAAUUGUAAAGAUAGAAGAUAUAUUGAUAAGUAAGUAUAUAAAAUUGUAAAUAUGUAAAGAAAAGGAAUGGUGUGUGCUGUGCAUGGCAUUUCAUGUGUUCAUUGUCUUUGUUUAAAAUAGUAGAUUGAAUGUUCGCCUUUAACACCAUUGUAUUUGGUUUGCCCACUAAAGUGAAUGUUGAAGAGUGUAGACAUACUCCCCUUAAAGUGUUGAUUCCAUCUUUAACAAUAUGGUAACCCUGACUUUGAGGUCCUAUAUAGCCAGAAACUAUGACACUAUUGGGGUUUGGGAUAACUUAAGUCAUAUAAAAUUGCUGCUCAGUAUAGUCAAUUGAAGGCUUUGAUCCAUGCUUCUCAUACUUCUUUCCUCUCUGUAUUCAGCAAAUAUUUAUUGAGCUUGCCCUGGGUCAAAGGGCAGAGGCGUGAGUGGGGCCCUGCUGGUGAGAGCUAAAGUGCAGGGGGUACCUUUCACUUCCAUAGUAGACUUUUGACUUUAUGGACAAGCCAGACACAUGUCAUAUAAACCUCUUUUGGGGUUCCUCAGUCUCAAUACUGUUGACAUUUGGGGCCUGAAGGGUUUUUGUUAUGGGGGCUGCCCUGUGAAUUAUGGAAUGUUUAGCAACAUCUCUAGUCUCCAUACCCACUAGAUGCUAGUAGUACCCCCCAUGGUAGUGAAAAAUCAUCUUCAGACAUUGUUACCCAGUGGGGCAGGUUGGGGAGCUCAAUUAACCACUGAUCUCUUUUGUAAGCAAGAGAGUACUCCUGGCAGUUAAUAUUGACGGAACCAAAGAAUACUGCAUUGAAUGCACAGUAUAAUGUUAACUGAUACUGUUUCAAUGAGGCUUUAUAGCCACCGUCAGUGUGAAACUUCUUCUAAUUCUAAUGCAGCCUCUCAUAACCUGAAUAUGCCGUUUAUGAUCCUCCUUCCCAUCAGUGAUUUCUGCACAUCAUCAGUGUGCCUGUGAAACGGCGUCAUUCUUAGAGCACCAUUCUUGAACAAGGUCGUGUCACGCAAAGAAAGUUUCCUUUGCUUUCCCAGUAUACCUUGCUAAUCAUGUACCACAAAUUCGUAGUGCAGUAACUUUGGAAUAAAGCUAGGGUAAGCAUAAGGCUUUUUAUCCUUAAAUUUACAUAUAAAAUCCAUGAAGUUGACACAUCCAUUGUCAUAAAGCACUGAAGACAUGAAGUGGUUCACUGAGUCAGCUGAUCACCAAGUUCAAAUAGAAUGGAAUGAGUUACUAUCAAAUACCAAUGAGAAUUCGUUCACAGAGUCUGCUCUUAGAAACAUGGGCCCAAUUGAUUUUCAUAGAGAGCUUUCCCCCUUUUUUCUUUUCUAUGUACUUUCUAGGUGCUAAUCCAGAUAUGCACAUUCUUAAUUCUCCUGGGAAUAAAUAGUUCUUUCAGUCAUUGUAUAUUAUGUUUGUUAAAUAAAAUGUGCAUAUCUGCCUCCCACUAAAGCUGUCUUUUGGUUUCUUACAUAUCUUUAAAGCAAUUUGUUGAAUUGACUUUUUUGCAUAUAUUUAUAUUGGUUGAAUACUUCAGGUAUGGACUCUUUCUUGCCUAGGUAGAGGCUUAAACUUCUCUUAAGUUAGCAUCAGUACUACGGCCAGAGUUUCUGUUUUCUUAUCCAGAAAGUACUGAUAUUUUAUGUACUAUAAAUAUGAUUACAAUAAAUCUUUGGAACAGAAGUCCUUAUCAAUAAAGUUUCAUGAUCCAUUCCU